AUUACGUUCAAACUUGAUUGGAUCACCGACAAAACAGGAAACCGAGCGCCCUGAAGGAGGUGUCCUCGGACGAUAAACGGCACAGAGAGGGAAACGGGCGUUAGAUGGAGGAUGAAAAAGACGAUGCUGCGCAAGAUGACUUUGACAGCUCACUCCAGCUUCGUCCUGUGCGGUGUGCUUCUCCUAUCCAUAAGUGGACUUGCAGAAGAAACAAUUCAGCAAAUAGAAACGACAACCAAAGCAGUGACCACACCAAAACCAAAUACUGUUUCGACCUCAGGCAUCCAUACAACGGAGCAGACCACCACAAACGCGAUGCCCACCCAGAAGACCUCCUCAUCCAACAUUGCUUCAGUUUCUUCUACUUUAAAUCAGACCCCUUCUUCAUCUCGUAAACCUACGAAAUCCCCAACUUCAGAAACACACAACUCUACCGUAUCAAAACCUUCGACUGUAGCUACAACAAAGUCUAAAUUUCUACUGCCACCUUCUGCAUCUCCAUCUACUGCAAGAUCAACUUCCAAGAAUCCAGGCACAGAUUCAACGUCUCGCAGUCCCGCCACCACAAUCGGUAUUAUCAUUCUGCUGUUAAUUAUUUUGGGCAUUAUUGUCAUCAUCUGCAUAAUUAUGAUGCUGCAUAAAAAGAAUAAGAAAUAUUCCUUUGACUUACACCACAAGCAACCUGAAGAUGCAGGAAUUCCUUUAAGCAACAUGGAAGACGGAGCUUUUGAGCCGAUUUCGGAAUUUGCAAAGGUUGAAACCGAAACCGAGGAUAAGAAUAAAGAAGAGAAAUCUGCAGAUUCAGAUGUCAAAGAGCCUGCAGCAGAGAACAGCACCAGUCCGCCUGAAGAAACGGAUAAGCCGUGUAAAGAGGAGGCCGGAGCGGCAAGCGAUUCUGAAAGUUUUGGAUCCCAGAUCCCCCUUACUCCCCUGGAUUUGUGCCCUGAAGUUAAUUUAGGGGGUCCACCUGAAGGGGAAGUUAACCUCCAGUCCUGCAAAACCUCCGUCGAGUCCCUAGAUGACCAAGUGAAUGAAAAUAAUAAUAAUAAUAAUAAUUCUGACGAAGUGGAAAAUCAACCUGCAAGCCAGGCCUCCUACUGGCCAUCAUCAUGGAUCACAAUGAACCAAAGCCGCUUAUCGAGUGUGGAGCGGAGACCCUUACUGGAGGCCGGAGAUGGCGGAGGCACAUCGAUAGCAGACCCCUCGGAUGCUACUGGACAAAAGACAGAAGGCCUGAAGGAAGACGGAUUCACGGACAUCCAGCUCACGGAAUUUUCUUGAGGUCCUCCUCAGCAGCCCGAGGUCGGCAACCCACUGUCCGGGAGACCUGCCUGCUGACGUGUCCAGAACCUUCAUGCCGAUUCCAACCCAUCUUCCAUUUUCAUGCGUUUUGAGAAAAGAAUAACGAGAGACCCUCUUUCUAGUGCAUCUCCUCAUCCGGGAGGGCAGCAGAGACUCCUGGCUUUCUUUCCAGAAUGGACACGUAAUUUACCUGAGUGAUACUCUGAAGGAAAUGAUAAUCAACUUCACUUCGAUACUAAUAAUCGUUUGCCACCCUUCUACCUUAUCAAUAGGGGCUUUCCAGUGUACUUUACGCAAUAUGUUCCGCUGUAUCCCAUUGCUGUUUUCAUAUUAUAUCAUGAUUUAUGCCAGCAUUUCUCAACCUUUAAGUAUUUGCGACCCAAGUUUUCAUAACAGUUUUAAUUGCGCCCCGCUAACGUUUUUUUUGAAACCUUAAUAAAAUGUAUUCCUAUAUUUUUUUGCUGCCGAUACACCGCUACAAGUUUAAAAUUUCCCUACGAGUAGCGAAAUUAUGCCACAUAUGGCAACAUUCGCGCCCCCUUUUUUUGCGCCCCACAGUUUGAGAACCGCUGAUUUAUACUUUGUUUGGCACUCCAAUAGGCUCACUUUCAAAGCUGCAUGGACCAUUGGUCUUGUGGAGGUCCUCUGCGGACUCCAUCUGUUGGUUACUCCUUUUCUUUGCUGAGUCCCUCAAAUCAAGUUUCUUGAUCCUGCCAACUACGCCAUGUCUAAUGGCUACAAGUUCAAUUCACAAGUAAACAGUCGUGGUCAAAAGUUUGGAGAAUGACUCAAGUGUUGGUUUUCUACAAAGUCUGCUGCUUCAGCGUUUUGAGAUCUUUGUGUCAGAUGUUCCUCUGGUAGACUGAAGUAGAAUCACAAGCAGUUCAGAAGUUUCAAAGGCUUUUAUUGACAAUGACAUGACGUUUAUGCACAGAGUCCAUAUUUGCAGUGUUGGCCCUUCUUUCUUUUUCAAGACCUCUGCAGUUCACCCUGGCACGCUGACAAUCAACUUCUGGGCCCAAACCUGACUGAUGGCAACUGCCCAUUCUUGUAUAAUCAGAAUUGGUGGGUUUUUGUUUGUCCACCCACCUCUUGAGGAUUGACCACAAGUUCUCAAUGGGAAGUUUACUGGCCAUGGACCCCAAAUUUCGAUGUUUUGUUCCCCCGAGCCACUUAGUGAUCACUUUUCCCUUAUGGCCCGGUGCUCCAUCAUGCUGGAUUGUUCAUUGUUGGUCACCAAACUGUUCUUGGAUGGUUGGUGGAAGUUGCUCUCACAAGAUGUUUUGGUCUCAUUCUUUAUUCAUGGCUGUGUUCUUAGGCCAAAUUGCGAGUGAGCUCACUGCUGACAUGAAUGGUCUCAGGAAGCUUUACUGUUGGCAUGACCCAGGACUGAUGGUAGCGCCCCUCACCUUUUCUUUUUUCCGGAUGCCCCAAACAAUCAGAAAGAGGAUUCAUAAGAGACAAUGACUUUCCCCCAGCAGUCCUCAGCAGUCCAAUCCCAGAAUAUCAUUCUGUCCCAGAUGUUUUUCUUGGCUUCUUUGCUGCCCUUCUUAACGGCCACCAGGCCAUCUUCCACAAGUCUUCGCCUCACCCACACCUGCUUGCUGCCAUUCCUGAGCAAGCUCUGCACUGGUGGUGCCCCAACUGAUCCCGAGCCAUGAAAAAGGAAUGGGACCAAAACAUCCUGCAAGAGCAACUUCUCUCAACCAACCAAGGACAGUUUGGUGACCAACAUGUUAGAUCACCGGGCUAUAAGGGCAAAAGUGAGAACUAAGUGGAUCAGGGGAACAAAACAUCAAAAUUUGUGGGUCCAUGGUCAGGAAACUCCCCAGACCUUUAAUCUCAUUGAGAACCUGUGGCCAAGAGGUGGGUGGACAAACAAAAACGCACCAAUUCUGAUUCUACAAGAAUAGGCUGCCAUCUGUAACAAUCUGGCCCAGAAGUUGAUGGACAGCAUGCCAGGGUGAAUGGCAGAGGUCUUGAAUAAGAAAGAAGGGCCAACACUGCAAAUAUGCAUAAACUUCAUGUCCAUCCAUCCAUCCAUUUUCCAACCCGCUGAAUCCGAACACAGGGUCACGGGGGUCUGCUGGAGCCAAUCCCAGCCAACACAGGGCACAAGGCAGGAACCAAUCCCGGGCAGGGUGCCAACCCACCGCAGGACACACACAAACACACCCACCUAACCUGCAUGUCUUUGGACUGUGGGAGGAAACCCACACAAAACACGGGGAGAACAUGCAAACUCCACGUAGGGAGGACCCGGGAAGUGAACCACAGGGUCUCCUAACUGUGAGGCAGCAACGCUACCCACUGCGCCACCGUGCCGCCCUAAACUUCAUGUCAUUGUCAAUAAAAGCCUUUGAAACUUCUGAACUGCUUGUAAUUCUACUUCAGUACACCAGAGAAACAUCUGACACAAAGAUCUAAAAACACUGUAGCAGCAGACUUGGUGACCACCAACACUUGGGUCAUUCUCAGAACUUUGCCCACAACUGUACAAGUAUUUCUAGAUGUUCCUUACCUGGUUUGUUCUCUCUUUUCAAGGAAUGAUUCGACUCCAAAUUGAAAUGAGGUUGAGAUUGAAAAGAUAAAGGGAGGAAAAGAGAAGGAAACGUAGAGCUUACAUUGCUGUAGACCACAAAGAUGAAGGCUUAGCACCAGAAAACAUUUCCAAGGUUGCGUUCCCAGGAGCCUUCAAACUGUCGCUGUUAAAAGUGGAGUAGUCGGUGGGAUCUGUGAAGCACAACUGGAGGGCUAGGGAAUGAAAAAUAGGAACAACUGGAUGAAGGACAGAGUCCAUGCUGUUGAUGUGAUUCAUAGAACACCUAAAAUAAAGAAAGUUUGAU